GGAGCAUCGUUUGUUUUCUGACUUUCUCGUCCAUGAACCCUGGACACAAGCGUUUGAACUUACGAAUGAAUGAUCUGUCCAGAGUGAGCACCCGGGUAGAUGAACUACACUGGGCUUCUGUAGUACCCAACACAACCAGUGGGUGGCGUCGAUGCUUCUUCUGUGCUUGCGCAGCGCUGGGACAAUAAACGGUAAAAGACUGCUCUCAUCAGCGCCACGUUCUUCUUGCAAAGCAGCUGGAUUACCGAUCAACCAGGGAUGGAAAUGUAUUAUGAAAACCUGGUUGUGACGCGGACGGUCAAACAUGAGCAUGAUGACAGAACUGCACCAAAUUUUCGGAACCGGAAGGGUGGAGGGUCCCACAAAGGUCGGGCUUAUAACAGGAAUCGAAGAGACCGUCAACGUGGAAACCAGUCAGGAAUCUUCGGUGGUCCUGGGCCAAGGUCACGUCUUGAAGAUCUUGAUGGCGAUGUAACGAUGGGCGAUACCUCACAGGACAGCACUCCUCAGAACAGAUUCACUCCUUACCAAAGACCUGGCCGUAAAGGAGAUGGGCGGUUUGACAGAGACAGGCGUCAAGGCAGAGGUGGAGGAGGAAGAGGCGGCUUCAAAGGGGACCGAAGCGGAGCCGGUGGAGGAGGCGGGAAAAACCGAUCAGACUGGUGGAAAGUCACAAUACCACAUGGGAGAAAAUAUGACAAGCGGUGGCUGCUGACAGCUCUUCAGAACCUAUGUUCUAUCGAAUUCACGCCUGUUAAUUACCAAGUCGACCACAACAAGGUUCAUUUCUAUGUGGAUGACACUGCAACAGCCAACGCCAUACAUAAAUGCUCUCACAAGAUCACUGACACAGAUGGGUAUAAGGUGGAGGUGCACACCAAUCGCUGUGCUCCACCAUCUUACCUCCUAACUGACUUGAAACCUGAGCAUAUUGAGCACUUGAAGCAAUGCAUGGCCAAACGUUUUGAUGCCUCCCAGCAAGCUUUGGACUUGAACAAUAUUCGGACAGACCCAGACCUCGUCUCCCAGAAUGUGGAGGUCAUCCUAAACAGGAAAACAAAUAUGGAAGCUGUCAUCAAAAUUAUUGAAGGGAACAUUCCAGAGCUUGCUGCAUUAAACCUGAGCAACAACCGAAUUCAAAAACUGGAUGAACUUUCUGAGUUGGUGACUAAAGUUCCUCUUUUGAAGACUCUAAACCUUUCCAACAAUGAGCUGAAGUCUGAUCGAGAGCUGGACAAGCUGAAAGGUCUCAAGCUGGUGGAGCUGUGGCUGAAUAGGAACCCCUUGUGUGAUCUUUUUAAAGACCAGGCUGCAUACAUCAGCGCUGUGCGGCAGAGGUUUCCCCGACUCCUUAAACUGGAUGGCAACGACCUUCCUGCACCCAUUGGAUUUGACGUGGAAAGCCCCACUGCUAUACCACCCUCCAAGGGAAGCUAUUUUGGCUCUGACGAAAUCAAAGCUCUCAUUCUUCCAUUCUUACAACAGUACUACAAUAUAUACGACUCUGGGGACAGACAGCCUCUCUUGGAUGCUUACCAUGAUGGUGCAUCCUUGUCCCUGACGACGCCUUACUCCAACCAGAACCCCUCUAGGUCAAGUCUCGGGGAAUAUCACAAGGACAGCCGAAACCUCAAGAGAGUCAAAGACACAACGAUACGCUACAGACUUCUGAAGCACACUCGACUAAACGUGGUGGCUUUCCUCAAUGAGCUGCCCAAAACUCAGCAUGACAUUGCCUCUUUUACUGUUGAUGUGAACACUUUUACAAACACGCUGCUAUCAUUCACUGUGAGUGGAGUCUUCAAAGAGGUUGCAGUUGACGGAAAGUCCCGAGACUCAACUAUGGCCUUCUCUCGAGUCUUCAUAACUGUCCCUGCAGGGAAUUCUGGUCUUUGCAUCGUGAACGACCAGAUCUUUAUCAGAAUGGCCACUACAGAAGAAAUUCGCAGAGCCUUUGUGGCACCAGCUCCAACUCCGUCGUCCAGCCCCGUCCCAACACUCACUGCUCCACAGCAAGAGAUGCUCUCUGCAUUUUCUCAGAUGUCCGGCAUGAACCUCGAAUGGUCUCAGAAGUGUCUUUUGGACAAUCAAUGGGAUUUCAAUGCUGCAGCACAAGUGUUCACACAACUAAAGACGGAAGGAAAAAUCCCCGAUGUUGCUUUUAUGAAAUAACAGGCAAACAGCCUUUUGUUGAAUAAAAUCUGUGACUAUUUUAUUUAUAGUUUAGUUUUGAUUGGUUUGUUGGCCUGUGUUUUACAGAGAACAUUGUUCACCUGGUUGACAUUUCCGUUAAGUGGCUUUUGUACUGGAAAAACAUAAUUGUCACCGAUUUAACAAAGAUGGAUGUAUGAUAUAUAUUUGGUUAUUUUAUCACCACAAUUGUAUAGAUGUUUCAACGAAAUAAAGACAUCAUUUUGCCUAUGUUUAAAUUUUUAUUUUAUUUUUUUGUUUCUGGAUUUAUUUUUU